AUGUCCCUACAUGCAUUGGCUAACAAGUACAGAUACUUCGUGAGGAAUGCUGAGCCCGAUAAAGUGGUUCUGGAGUGCAGUGGAGUUAACUGUCAAUGGCGUGUGUACGCAACUAAAAUCAAGGGGUGCCCGCGGUUUGAAAUCAAGACAUUGGAUAGUAACCACUGUUGCACUGUUAGCGAGCGAGGUGAGUUUAGGAGACAUGCAACGUCAUCAAUUGUUGGGGGAAUGAUGAGGAGCAAGUAUGUUGGUACCGGGAGUGGCCCAAGGCUAGGAGCAUUGAGAGAGAUGAUGAGGACGGACCACAGUGUACCGAUAUCCUACUGGACUGCUUGGAAGUCCUGGGAGAUUGCUAUAGAGAAUGGGCGUGGAAAUGCUGAGGCAGCAUAUAGUACUUUACCUUCCUACCUCCAGCAAUUGGCCGUUGCGAAUCCUGGAACUCUGGUCGCAUUGGAGACAAGCAAGGGACCAGGCAGUGUCCAGUGUUUCAAGUACCUCUUCCUGUCAUUUGGAGCAAGCCAAAAAGGAUUUGAUUUCAUGAGAAAGGUAGUCAUAAUUGAUGGAACGCACUUGAAGGGAAAGUUUGCAGGGUGUUUGCUCACAGCUAGUGCACAAGAUGGGAACUAUCAGAUAUUCCCGAUUGCGUUUGGGAUAGUAGAUAGCGAGAAUGACCAAUCAUGGACAUGGUUCUUUAACAAGCUCCUUGUUGUCGUACCUGAUUCUGCUAAAUUAGUCUUUGUCUCUGACAGACACACCGCAAUAUACUCUGGAAUCCGCAGAAACGUCCAGACCAUCUUCAAGAAGAAGCAUUUGGGGUACCUUCUGGGUAGAGCAGCAAGAGCUUACAAAGUGGAGGAUUUUUACUUGCACUUCAACGAGCUCAAGGUGGUUGACGGCGCUUGUGCCGAUUAUCUGAUCCGGGUUGGACUUGAGCACUGGGCUAGAUCGGAUUUUGAUGGGGCAAGGUACAACAUUAUGACAAGUAACCUUGCUGAGUCUCUGAACGCAGCUCUGUCUGAGGCUAGAGAAUACCCCAUUGUCCCAUUCCUGGAGUAUAUUAGGUCAAUGACGAUGGGAUGGUUCUCUUAG